UCAGAUCGUAGAUCUGUUAGGCAGUGGCCACCUUCCUUGUCUUCAAGGAGCUGUAUGCUUUAACACUUGGACCUUCCUGGCCUUUAAAUGAAUUUCAAAGCUCAAUUCAUGUUUAGACUUCAAAGAGGGUAUAUGCUCUGUGUUGUGGAGAGGUGUGUGGAAGGCAUCUGCCUGUUACAUGAGGAAAAGCAAGGAAGAGUUUGUAUUUUUAAGCUCAAACUCUGAAUAUUAGCAGUGCAUUCCUUAGCAGUUACAGCCUUCUAAGUUAAUUGAAUUCAGUAGGAUUAGAGAAUUGCACAGUCUGUAAAUAAAAAAAUCAGUUUUAGGGUGGUUAUUUUAGGACAGUGGUGUUUAAUCUGGCUUGCAGAGUCACAUUUGUAAUUAUCAGGAAAAGUGUUGCUUGUCUUGUACAGCACCCUACCAAACAUUCACACACCAUAAUAUAAGACAAAAUUAUUAAACAUAUGACUAUAACUUUGGCCACAUUAUUUUCCAAACCCUUUAUUUCUGACUUUAGCAAAGGGUACACACACCCAUUCUCCAGCCCCUGUGCUGCUGGAUGUUUCAAGAAUUGUAGAUAUGAGGAUUAACCAAAAUACUGUAUUGCAAGGGAAGAGAGUGACUUUGGUACCAUACACAUCUGCUCAUGUACUGAGAUAUCAUGAGUGGAUGAAAUCUGAUGAACUACAGCGUCUGACCGCAUCUGAGCCACUAAGCCUGGAAGAGGAAUAUAAAAUGCAGUGCAGCUGGCGGGAGGAUGCAGACAAAUGCACAUUUAUAAUACUUGAUACAGAGAAGUGGUCCAAGCAGUCAGCCACAGAGGAAGACAGUAUGAUGGGAGAUGUAAAUUUGUUCCUCACAGACUCUGAAGAUCCAACACUGGGAGAGAUUGAAGUCAUGAUUGCAGAGGCCAGCUACCGAGGCAGAGGUUUUGGUAAAGAAGCCACUCAGAUCAUGAUGUCCUAUGGAAUGACACGGCUGGGACUUACCAUCUUUGAGGCUAAAAUAGGAUUAGAUAAUGAAGCCAGUAUCGGCAUGUUCAAAAAGCUUCAUUUUAAGGAGGUGGGAAUAAACAGUGUUUUCAAAGAAGUGACUCUGAGGCUAAGGGUGGAUGAACAAGAGAGAGAAUGGUUGCUUGAGCAAACCAGCCAUGUGGAUGAAAAAAAUUACAAUGUCAUGAAACUACAAAAUCAGGCUUGUAAUAGCUGACAGCAUUUCUGGGUGCUUGGGCUUCCUGGAUUUCAAAGCAAGGCUGGAUUUCAAUGCAACAGUGACAGCUGAAAACACUACGAAUUUGUACUGGAUCGGAAUUCAAAAUGUUCUUUGUUGGUGCCAUACUUCUAAAAAAUACUCCUGAUAUCCAGUUUCAUUGCAAUGAACAACUUCUUCGGGGGGGCGGGGGGGAAGGCACUUCACAAUGAAAACUGAGCACAUUCAAUAGUUGCUUUUGGUGCAAAUACCACAUUACAUUGUUGUAUGUGGCCCCUUGGGCUUAAAAACCCCUGCCCCUUAUAAAGACUGUGUUCUCAAAGUA